GCAGGCAGGGCGACAAGAAUAGAGGCAGAGACGACACACAAAGGAGUUGCGACUGCCUAUUAAGGUGUUUGGGGUGGCAGCGACACUCUCUGCUCACAGUCCUAUCUCCAGCUAAAAUGCCUUUCUUGGGGAAGGACUGGAGGUCACCAGGAUGGAGCUGGACAAAGACAGAACAUGGCUGGAAGAGGAUCAUCUUCUAUGGACAUGAGUUGGAGGACAACAACAGAGAGAUAGACUUGAAAGAGCUCUGCUGUGACAACAAAGAAAAUCUGUUUGUUGGAGAUGUAUGUGAGCUCACCACCACAAAAAGGAAAAAGGACUUCUACAACAACAACACCAAAUCUCAAUUCGUUUUCAGGGAUAAAUGGAUCUACGUGCAGAAAGGGAGCACAAAAGAACGACAUGGAUACUGCACACUUGGUGAGGCGCUCAACCGUUUAGACUUUUCCAGUGCCAUUCAGGACUUGAGAAGAUUCAACUAUGUGGCAAAACUUUUCCAGCUAAUCGCCAGGUCUCAGCUGACGUCCUUGAGUGGAGCAGCCCAGAAAAACUAUUUCAAUAUACUUGAGAAGAUUGUACGAAAAGUCGUAGAGGACCACUACAAUCCGCGCCUUGUCAAGGAGCUGCUGCAGGACCUGAGCUCAACACUGCACAGUCUGACUAUUCAUGUUGGCAGGUGUGUGCUCGUGGGCAACGUCAACAUCUGGUUGUGCCGACUGGAGACCAUUCUCAAAUGGCAACAACAGCUCAACAACCUGCAGAUCCCAAAGCAAAUGUGCAAUGGUAAGUCAUUCAACGACUUACCGCUACUCAUGCACAAUAAGAUCCUCUACAACCUAUCUGAUGCCCAUGACAUCAUUAACCUGGGACAGGCCUCGCCCACUCUGCACAUCCUCAGUGAGAACAGGACGCUGUGGAAGAACCUGUGCCACUUUCACUUCGCAGACAAACAGUUCUGUAGGAAUUUAGUCCUAAGCAAGAGUGACAACGUGGACUGGAAACUGAUGUACUUCACCCUGCAGAAGCAUUACCCAAUGAAGGAGCAGUACGGCGACACCUUGCACUUCUGCAAACACUGUAGCAUUCUCUUCUGGAAGGAUCGCCACCUGGCAUUGUUAUUCAAGGACUGCGGCCACCCGUGCACGGCCAAUGAUCCAGACAGCUGUGUCAUGCCCAUCUCUCCGCAGCACUUUAUUGACCUCUUCAAAUUCUGAACCCUCAAGAGAAGCGUCUGUUUGCCCUCACCCCCAAACCAAGAGUAUGUACGAGACCUUGAUGUCUUUUAACCCAAAUACAAAGGGCUUCAACUGAAAAAAAAAAUACUUUUUUUACGUCUUCUGUAUUAUGUUUCCAUAAUACAUAGAAAAGAAUAAAUGUAUAUUGUGUAUUGAUUUUGAGAAUGUUGGUAUUGGGCAAAAUAUAAAAGAAACUUUUAUGUUUUCCUCCCUCUGCACAAAUGUUUGUCUUCUUAUUUGUUCUGUAAGAAAAAAUAAUAUGUAAAUGUUACAUAAAUGUAUAUGUAAAGGGGGUUGUAGCGUGUUUAUAUUAGGUAAGUGAUGAUAGGGAAAAAAAGUAUGGGUUUUUAAAGAAAAUGGCAAAAGGUGUCCGUUUACCGUUCGUCAGAAUAAACUGAUUAAUGUGUUUAUUGUUUAUUUAAUGGGUUUAAACUAUUCCUAUUUUUGGUCCGUUUUUCUUAUGGUGGUAUUUUUCUGCAAUAACUUAAUGCAUGUUAUGUUUGAGUCUCUGUUUACAAUCUGUAUGUUGUCCUUUGUGUGUACUUGCUGUGCUCUGUGUACUUUGAAGGCACUGACACUAAAAGAAAAUAAUGUAAAUCUCCUUUAGGCGUACACGUUUUUACAGUAUACUUAUGUCAGAACUGUCAAGCGACAGACAGGAAAUGUAAA